AGUCAUCGUCUUCCUUUGCCUAAAGGCUAAAGCUCUUUGCCUUUCCUCUACCUCUACUGUUGUGUUUAUCCCGCCCUUCAACCUUAGCCUUACUUUCAUCUUCUCCCAUUCUUCAAAAGCUUCGCCUAAAACAAAACUUUUAACUUUUCGGAUUCGAAAUUCUCAAUCCUGAGUUCUUAAGAAUGUCUCAGACCCGGGUGUGUUCGGGUCACGAAGGCUUAAACCCGUUUAAAUCAUUUGUUUUGGAUAACAAGAGUGAUCGUCUCCGGUGGCGGCUGAAAUUCGGAGUAUUCGUUCUCUUCGCCGUCUCCGCUUUGUUAGUUAUUUACUCCGCGUUUACCAGCGAGACUAGGUGGUUAUUCCGUUGCGCCGAAUGCCGCGAUUUUCCCGCCGCGAAAAUCGCGCCGGCUCCUGGAUGCGCGCUCCCCGAACAGAAUGUUACCGACGUUUCUCAUAUCGUUUUCGGCAUCGGCGGCUCGAUCAAGACGUGGAAGAAUCGGAAGCAUUACUCGGAGCUCUGGUGGAAACCGAACGUCACGCGAGGGUUUGUCUGGUUAGAUUCGGAACCCGACCCGGCUGAACCGUGGCCGGAAACCUCGCCGCCCUACCGUAUUUCCUCCGACUGGAAGAAAUUCAAGUUCAUCCACUCGCAAUCGGCGGUGCGGUUAUCGCGAAUCGUGGUCGACUCGUUCCGGGAAGGGCUACCGGACGCGCGGUGGUUCGUGAUGGGGGACGACGACACGGUGUUCUUCCCGGAAAACCUAGCGGCGGUGCUGGAGAAGUACGACCACCGCGAGAUGUACUAUAUCGGCGGGAACUCGGAGAGCGUGGAGCAGGACGCGCUGCAUGCGUACGACAUGGCGUUUGGCGGCGGCGGUUUCGCGAUCAGCUAUCCAUUGGCGGCGGAGCUGGUGAAAAUAAUGGACGGUUGUCUUAACCGGUACUUCUAUUUCUACGGCUCUGAUCAACGCGUGUGGGCCUGCGUCGGCGAACUUGGCGUUUCUCUCACCAGAGAACUGGGAUUCCACCAGAUUGACAUUAGAGGGGAUCCAUUUGGUCUGCUGGCAGCUCAUCCUGUGGCACCUCUUGUAUCCCUCCACCACCUUGAUGAUGUGAAUCCAUUGUUUCCAAACCAGACACAACUAGAUUCCUUAAGAGCCAUAACUGAAGCAUACAAGAUGAAUCCCGCCCGAAUAAUGCAGCAAAGUUUCUGUUACUGGAAGAAAAAAUGGUCAGUUUCUGUUUCUUGGGGCUAUGCUGUGCAGAUAUACCCUCAGGUGUUGACUCCCAAAGAGCUGGAGAUGCCAUUGCAGACCUUCCAUACAUGGAGGAGCUGGAGCAAUGGGCCUUUUAUAUUCAAUGUCAGACCUGUGAGCCCUAAUCCAUGCCAACAGCCAGUUGUGUUUUACUUGGACUCCAUUGAAGGGGCCAGGAAGGGUGAGGUUGUGAUGACUACUUAUAAGAAGUUUGUGGGCAAAGUGCAAAACAAAUGUCCCACAGGUGUAGUUGGUAUAGAGAAAGUUGUAGUCUCUGCAGCGAAAAUGGACCACAACGAGUGGAAACAGAUACCACGAAGACAAUGCUGUGAGGUUAGCAAAGGUUUCUGGAGUAGCACAAUGAAUGUCAAGAUUAGAAAAUGUAAGCACAGGCUAUCAUUCCUGGAGGUUAAUACUUAGAACACACUAUUCCCAGUUAAUGUAAAUAACAAUUUGUUUAGAGGGAGAUGAAUUCUCAAAUAAGCAGAGAGAAGAUUAUAUUUUUCCCCCUCAGGAUGCAUUAUUUAUGUAUCAAAAUAGAGUAAACCACCUGUAAUCUUCAAUGCUGUUUUUGGCCACAAAUGAAAGAUGAACCAUCUUCCCCUA